GCAAAUUUCCUCCAUUUCCAUGUUCACUCAUGUUCAUCUAGUGGAAUGCCGUAGUGUUAUGAUGCCUAAAGGGCCCCGCAGAUUCUCACUAUUUUCAGUCUUCACAGUUAAGCGAUCAUACCAACUCACAUGCACUGAAUUCUAUUAUAAUUCUGAAGUUAAAGCUAGUUGGGUGAGAGUAGUAUUCGGAUGGGUGACCUCCUAAGAAGUCCUCGUGUCGCACCCGACCCUCGCAAGACGGGAGUCUUGUUGGCUUAGGGUCGCCCUUCUUAUAGUUCUGACCGCGCAAUCAUUCAUAAGAUAUCUUCUUUCUACUGCAUUCGUGCAAAUCACACAUUGUUUUCGAAUUUCGACUUUCUGCGUUUAGAACAAUGGAGAGUUCACAUUGUCAUGGUAGGCCCAUUUUGAGUAAAUUCCUUCAUAUGCUCGUUCUGAUUUCGUGCUUGAGUGCAGGUCUGGCGAUCACUGAUUUUGGAAAUGAAACUGACGGCCUGGCCCUGCUCGACUUGAAGAGAAGGAUAACAAAAGAUCCUCUCCGAAUCAUGAGCUCGUGGAAUGAUUCCGUCGAUUUUUGCAGUUGGAUUGGUGUCACGUGCCAUCAUUCCACCAAAAGAGUCAUGAUUUUGGACCUCGAAGCUCAAGAAUUGGUAGGUUCCUUACCACACUCUAUAGGCAAUCUUACUUAUCUUACCGGAAUCAACUUGAGACACAACCACUUUCGUGGUGAAAUUCUUCAAGAAAUGGGGCGUCUCCGAAGCCUGCAGUAUCUCAACAUGUCUUACAAUUCCUUUGUCGGGAAAAUUCCAACUAAUAUAUCUUAUUGCACACAACUAAAGAUGCUUGAUGUUAGUUCCAAUAUGAUUAUUGGGUCGAUUCCUGACCAACUAAGUUCGUUGUUGAAUUUAACUCAUCUAUGGGUUUAUGGUAACAAUCUUACUGGAACCAUCCCAAGUUGGAUAGGAAAUUUUUCUUCUUUGAAUACUCUUUAUCUUGACACCAACAACUUUCAAGGAAGCAUACCCAACGAGUUCGGACGUCUAACUAGCUUGGGAAAAUUCGUGCUUGGGUUGAAUAAUCUAUCUGGUAUUGUCCCUUCUUCCAUAUAUAAUAUUUCCUCCAUAUACAUUUUCGAUGUUACUCAGAACCAGCUGCAUGGAGAGCUACCACCAAAUGUCGGGAUUACUCUUCCUAAUCUCGAACAAUUUUACAUUUCUCUUAAUAAAUUUACUGGAGCAUUUCCUUUGUCAUUGGCCAAUGCUUCUAGACUUCAGAGUCUUGAUUUUUCUUUAAAUGGUCUCACCGGGACACUACCUGCUGAAAGUCUUGGAAGCUUGCAAAGCUUAGUUUGGCUAAACGUUGACAGAAAUAAAUUGGGAAGUGGGAAAACUGGUGACUUGAAUUUUCUCAGCUUCUUGGCUAACUGCACUAGUUUGGAGAUGUUGGGUCUUCAUGGUAAUCGUUUUGGUGGAGAGUUACCAGGAUCAAUAGCCAACCUUACUACCCAUCUAAAAUAUCUUACUCUGGGGAAAAACUUGUUACAUGGAAGCAUCCCCAAUGGUAUCGGAAAUCUUGUAAACUUGAUCCUUCUAGUACUAGAAUAUAAUGAAUUGGAUGGUAGUUUCCCUGAAGGAAUUGGGAAGCUCCGGAAGUAAGAGGCAGUGUAUUUGGGUUCUAACAGAUUUUCUGGGCCAAUCCCGUCCUUAGUUGGUAACUUUACUUCACUGACAAAGCUUUUCAUGGAUGGGAAUCAGUUUGAAGGAAGCAUACCACCAAGCCU